AAUUGCUAGAUUGCUGGGUAGAGAGAACAAUCCGUUGUGAAUUUCAACCUUCAUACUCAUACUUCAUAAUAAACAACACAGACAUAGACAGGCACAAUGUUUGUGAAAAUAUGGAUAGCGGUGCUGUGCAUAUUUGCUUUAUCUCAUGUUCAGCACGUAGCUGGUUGCGACAGAUUGAAACUGGUAACAGAUGCUGAAGCAAGCUGCAAACAGAGUGAGGCAGGACAAGAUGAGUGCAAAUACUACUACUGCAUCUUCAGUACGCUGAAUCUGUUGAAUGCGAAAUACGACGUGCCUUGUGUGGACAAACUAACAGUUUUCAUGAAGGAAAAAGUUGACAGUAGUAAAAAAGACGUAAUGAUAGACAGAGUAGGGAAAUGUACUGGAGGACUAGCAGCUGCUCUGAUGUCUGGGACUGUGAAAUAUUUCGACGCAGAUAACGUAGAUGAUCCAUCCAAAGAGCUUACAGUUCCUGCAGAACCACAAAGCAAGUGUGAAAUAUCCAUGCAGUACAUGAAGUGCUUGGCAGCGGCAGAAAAACAGUCUGACUGUCCUGUAUUCACCUUUCCUUGAGUGGAGCUGCAUCAAGACAAGCAUAUAGUAUAUAUUAGAAUGUUUAGAAAAUGGUACACACUGUUUAAAUACCUGUUCGAUUGAAAUAAAAUCUAUUGAAAUAAU